UCUCAAAUGUUCAGUAUGUCUCGCGAAUUAAUAAAUUUCUUUUUAUUGACUUUAUGCUUGUUAAAAAAAGCUACUGGAUUAGGUGAAAUAAUAUAUGCCAUAAAUGCAGGAGGUCCAGCUCAUACUGACAUAUACGGCGUUCAUUAUGAAAAGGAUCCUUUACAAGGAAGAGUAGGCACUGCUUCCGACUAUGGAAAACAACUUGUUAUGAUAGGAAGAGUCAAUAACAAAGAUGAAAUAUUAUAUCAGACUGAGAGGUACCACCACAGCACUUUCGGUUACGACAUUCCGGCUAAUAAAGAUGGGGAUUAUGUGUUAGUACUCAAGUUUAGUGAAGUGUACUUUAAUUCACCAAAUAUGAAAGUAUUUGAUGUUGUUCUAAACGGAGAUCAUACAAUAGUAGCAGAUUUAGAUAUAUAUGACAAAGUCGGUCGCGGAGUAGCCCACGAUGAAUAUGUACCAUAUUCUAUUAAAAAUGGUAAAUUGUAUUAUAAUGACGAGGAAUCAGAUAUAAGAGGAGGUAAAAUUAAAGUUGAAUUUAUUAAAGGUUAUAGAGAUAAUCCAAAGAUUAAUGCUUUGUAUGUCAUGAGGGGUACAAUCGAUGAAGUACCCAAGCUACCUCCAAUUGUAUGGCCUGAGACCGAACCCGAAGAACCUAGAGAAGAAGUAGAAGAGAAGACAACGACAAAGUCUCGUAGAGCAAGUGGUCCUAAGCAACCAGAUCCUUAUUCGUUGGAAAAUCAUUCUAUAUUGAUUCCACUCUUUAUUACAAUUGGUGCUUUCGUUCCAUUACUGUUUUGUCUCUGUAAACUAUAACACCAAUAACUUUGUGUUGUUGUUAAUAUAUGUUUUAUACGCUGUAAAAUCAUAUUUGUACUGCUUUUUUUAUUAUGUUUUAAGUUGAAAUAAUGUUUCCUAAAUUAUUAAAGCUCAAGCCAAAUAGUACAAAUCAUAAUGAACUAGUACCCGUCCCACAUAAAAUAUAUACUUCUUAACAAACGAUAUGCACAAUUCAUUGCACUUGCACAUAAUGCAUUAAAAACUUAUUUAAAUAA